UUUGCAUGUGUGUGAGAGAGCGGGGGAGCAAAGAGGAAAAGAGAGAGAGUGAGACAAAGAAAGAGAGAGAGCAAACACAAGGAUAGCAGGCUUGACAUAUACAUAUUCGCAGUGAACAAACAGAAAUCCUAAUGCCAGAGAAAGACAGACGAAGCCAGUGAGAGAAGAAGGUCACCUCUAGAGCAGUGGAGGAACGGGGGGUCAUACCUGAAGACUGAACUCUGGAAGUCUGGAAAUGGGAAUUCGGGAGGUCCUACUUUAAACGGAAGAAGACAUUUUGAUCCCACACCAUUGAAAGACGACCGGAGAACACAGCAUUACUGAAAGUCACAAUGGAGAAACUCUCUGAAAAAGAUAAAGGUCUGAUCCGGGACAGCUGGGAGAGUCUGGGGAAGAACAAGGUGCCACAUGGAAUUGUUAUGUUCACGAGGUUAUUUGAGCUGGAUCCAGCUCUGCUUACUCUCUUCAACUACAGCACAAACUGUGGGGAUGCACCUGAAUGUCUCUCCAGUCCAGAGUUCCUCGAGCAUGUCACCAAGGUGAUGUUAGUGAUCGAUGCAGCUGUGAGCCAUCUUGAUGACCUACAUACAUUGGAGGACUUCUUGUUGAACCUGGGCAGGAAGCACCAGGCAGUUGGAGUGAAGACUCAGUCCUUUACUGUGGUUGGAGAGUCCCUGCUUUAUAUGCUUCAGUCCAGCCUGGGUCCAGCUUACACGACACCGCUGCGCCAGGCUUGGCUCAAUAUGUACAGCAUCGUGGUAUCAGCCAUGACCAGAGGUUGGGCCAAGAAUGGCGAACAUAAGUCCAACUGAGAAGGAGUUAGAUGUGAGAUUCACACUGGAACACCCUGGUCACAAACUAACUUCUCAAAAAUCGUUUCAAAGAUUGAGGGGCUUGGAUAUGGGACCACCAUUGGGAAAAUCAGUUCAGCUGAGUUGUAUUUUGGCUCACUGAACAGUCCUAACUUUGGUAGCUUGGUCUAACUGCAAACUGAGAUUGUAGAUAACGAAGCCUAUGAGGUUGAAGUAUGCUUAUUAAGAGUGCAGGACAUAGAUAGUUUAUGGUUGAAACUUCAAAAGCAAAAUUUGCUUUGUACAUACAGUAAUGACUAAGUACAUAUAGUAAUGACUAAUUGUAUUUCCUUAAACUAUCUUAAAUGACUGUCUUGAUGUAUUGAUGUUUCAUGUGAGUGUAAAACAAGUUUGACUAUGCCCAUGUGAGCUUGGUCAACUUGAAAAAAGUUUUAUUCUGACGCCUCUUGGAAUCAAUUUAGAUGAAGGCCUUAAAGCCACUACAACUUAACCCUAAAUUACACAUAAUUAAUGCUCCUGCCUGUGCUGUGUGUAGUUUAAGUUUACUGUAAGUUUAGUGAUGUUCAAUAAGUUAUCUGAGCAUGAACAUAGUAGUAUUUGGCAAUAUGGUCCAAAUGAUAUUAUCAAAGACAAUAAGCAAUCAGUAGCCAUGAUUUUUGACACCAUCCAAAUGUUCAUGUAAAAUGUUGUUUGCCAUAUUUUUCAACCAUUAACAGUAUUUCUGGCGAUGAAAGUAAAUGACGAGAACUGUUACAUCCGAAAUAGCUUUUGGAAUUUUUAGACUGUUAAUUCAUGAACCUGUGCCAUGUCAUAAGUUUACAUUUCCAUUGUAUGGGAUUAUACUCGACGCACUCUACUCCAAGGCUUACUUACGAAAGACUUGUGUAGACUGUUACUUCACGUAAAGUGACUGUUAUAUCAUAGUGACUAGAUGAUUUGUUCACCUAUUUACAAUUGUAGAUAGUCAAAAAUUCUUUAUGCUAAAUGACCCGGUCCAGGGGGUGUUAGCUAUAAAUAAGAAUUUUAUUUCACAAUUUUUGUUAGCAAUUUUUGUGAGUAAUAUUUUUUAAAAAUAGUAAAUUGCAUUAGUUGGCUUAUUACAACCUUGUAAGUUAAGAACAUACACACUCUUAUCUAAGAUAAGAAUAUUUGUUGCCAUAAUUAUGAGCUAUAGAAAAAUGUUAAAAGCGAUGAUAACCUUUUUGCUGCUAUUCAAUAGCUUUGUAGAAAUGUUGUCCUCUUUAUAUGAGAGAUAUUUCUACAUUUAAAUGGUUCAGGCCAAGUAUUUCAAAAUGUGUAGGACUGUCACAGAUAUUGAACCUGCUGGUAUGUUACAUUUUACAUGUUACUUUAUAUGACAAUACCUACUAGCCUUUUCUGUAUAUUUAGGUGUAUGUGGAUUGAUUAUUUAAUUUUAUGUAUUGCUCAAUGGUGCACUAUUAUACUUUUUGUGUAAAAUAUAUAUAUUUUUUCUCUCUUUGAGACUGUUCUCUUUUUCUGAAUAUGUAUGUACCACCUAAUGGCUUUCCAAUAACCUCUAAGAUGUCUGUCUUUAUGGAAUGAUUAGCUUAUUAGUAUUGAUAAUCUUUUAUGAAGAUGCAAUGUUUACAACAUUUUCAAGUGAAAGCUGAUGUUUAUUGACCAUUGAAGUGUCGUGUGUGUGUAGUGUUUGCUUCUGUGCUUUUUCUCUUGAUAUUCUGUGACUGAAUUGUCUCAAUGUCUACCUCACUGAAGCAGCUGAUAUUAAACAGCGAUGUUAUGACCUGGCUCCUCAGUAACCAAAAAGUUAUAUUUCAAUUACACUGUACAUCCUUAUUCCUCAGCCAGUCACCAAUCAAACUAGAUUCAGGAUCAGUCAAGGCUCUAUGUAAACGUGUUGGAAGCUUAUUUGUAAUAAAGGACAGAAAUAAAGAAAA